AAAACACAACACAACGAAGUACUCGUUAAAAAACUAGGGUUCUUCAUUCUUUUAGGUGGAUGAUGGGAACUUGGUGAGGUGAGCAGUCAAUUCGGUGGACGCCGCGUCGAUUCCACUCCUCACAUCGAUCGAAAAAAAAACGCCGAGUGCAAUUCACCAGAAUGGACAGCAAUGCAGCACCUGCAGUAGCUGGAAUGGAGCAAGAAAUUUGCUUCUCUGUGUCAGAUCGCGCAGGGAAAAUGGGGGAUUCUCGGCUCAGGAGGGAGCGAGGAUGAUCCCGAUCGGCGAGGACGGCGGCAAGCCGAUGGGAUUGAAAUCCUCCUCCGCGGCGACGGCAGUGGAUCAAGGCAGGGGAAAUCUCCUCAAGUACCUGUGCUGCUCGGGCUUGAUCGCGCUCGUCCCCAUCGCGAUCGUCAAUUGCUACGUCUUCCUCGUCUAUUCCUCCCUCAUCGAUCAGGAAGCGGUGCUCUACUCGCUCCAUUCCGCGUCGCUCGGCGCAAAUAUUUCCACUCGAGAUUGCGAUCUCUCCAAGGGCAAGUGGAUCCCCGACGCUGCGCCGCCGCUCUACACCAACGAGACCUGCCGCUACAUCCAGGGCCAUCAGAACUGCCUCAAGAACGGCCGGCCGGAUCGAGGAUUUCUCGCCUGGCGAUGGCGCCCGGACGAAUGCGAUCUCCCGCGCUUCGAUCCCGCCCUGUUCUUGCGCGCCAUGAGGAACAAGAGGAUGAUCUUCUUCGGCGACUCCAUCGCCAGGAAUCACAUGCAAUCGCUACUGUGCGCCAUCUCUCAGGUGGAGGAGCCGCGAAAUCUCUACCGCGACCCGAUCGACAAGGACGUGAUCUGGCUCCUGCCCUCCUUCAACUUCACUCUCGCGAUCUUCUGGUCGCCAUUCCUGGUCAAGCACGAGCAGCGAUCCAGCAACGGCAGCACGAUCAUGCACAUCCAUCUCGACACCCCGGAGGAGAUCUGGAUGUCCCGGCUCCACGAAUUCCACGCCAUCGUCCUCUCCUCGGGGCCCUGGUUCUUCAAGCCCAGCGUCUACUACCGCGGCGGAUCCAUCGUCGGCUGCCACCACUGCGGCGACGAAUCCAUCCCGCCGCUCAGCUUCAUCGACGCCUACCGGAUGGCGCUGGGCGGCGUCUUGGACUCCAUCGCCGCGCGCGAUGGCUACGCUGGAACCACAUUCCUGCGGACCUUCUCGGCGGAGCAUUUCGAGAAUGGCGAGUGGUGGAAUGGCGGGACGUGCAAUCGCACGGAGCCAUUCCGGAACCAAAGCGCGGUGGAGCUGCCGUGGAUGGCGAGCGAGAUGCGGCGGAUCCAGGUGGAGGAGUUCGAUCGCGCCGCGGCCAAGAACCCUAGCAGAUCCAAGCUCAAGCUGGUGGACGUGUCCUACAGCGCCUACCUCCGCCCCGAUGGCCAUCCCGGGGUGUUCCGGAGCUCCAGGACGCUCACGCCUGAUGGAAGCGCGGUCCAGAGCGAUUGCCUCCACUGGUGCCUGCCCGGGCCGAUCGACAUGUGGAAUGAGAUUCUCCUCAAAACGCUGCUCGCCCGGGAGCCCUAAAAUUUGCGCAAGAGCCCUAAAAGAAUAUGCCAAAUUGUAAAAGGAUGGAAAAUAAUGGCAAAUGAAAAUGCAAAACACUCGUUUUUGACCUC